AUGGACAUGGAUGCAUCUGCCCUGAGGGAUGCUGACAGCCGUCGUGCACGCCAGAUACUAACAUUCUAUUUCCAAAAUACCAGUCGAUGUGCUAACUCAACUAUACAGGAAGCCAUCGAACUCGCUAGAGUUAUUAAUGGUUGCUUUGACCUUGACGAUACAUACAACAGACAGCCUGUGGAGUAUCCCACUGAGUGGGACACAAAUCGGACUGUCCUCAUCGAGGACCUCUUCACGUUUAGACGGCAUGCCUUCAAAAGGCUUAUUGAAAAGGAAAUCAAUACCGCGCUAGAUACGGCCAUUGAAUCGAAGGGGAAGGAGGAGGAAAAGAAGGCACAGAUUGAGGAGAAGCUAAAGGAUCUCGAGCGUUCUCGUAAAGCCUACGGUGAUUCCUACAAAGCAAAAGUCCUUCGUGGUCAGUCGUCCGACAAUGUCGGACAGCCCAUCACGGAUAAGGAGAAAUGCCGUGAUGUCGAUGAAUUUCAUAAGAGACUUGUCGAUUGGAAAACUGAAGAAGGUAGAUUGCGUGAUUGCCAUUUUCUGCUUGAGGAGGAAAUCGCCGUUCUGGAUAUAGAUAUUACUACCAAAACGUAUAUACUUGGUGUGAUGGGAAAUAACUAA